UUCAAAAAUAAGUUUGUUUAUAACCUAGACUAGUUGUUGCCAUGGUCAUGGACGGAUUUUUUAUAACAAAACAUUCGUAAUCGAUCAAACAAGUAUACAAAUAUCACAAUAAUCAGUGAUAAUUUAUAUCUAAUUAACAAUUAAAGUAAUUAAUUUAGAAUUAAUUGUUACAUAUAUUUUUUAGAGAUUUACAAAAAGUUAAAAAUAAAUAUCUAGGAUAAAAUGUUCAAAAAUACAUUUCAAAGUGGGUUCUUAUCAAUUUUAUAUUCGAUUGGAAGUAAACCUCUACAAAUAUGGGACAAAAAAGUACGUAAUGGCCACAUAAAACGUAUUACCGACAACGAUAUUCAGAGUUUAGUACUUGAAAUUCUUGGUAGUAACGUAAGUACUACGUACAUAACAUGUCCAGCUGACCCAAGAAAAACUCUGGGAAUAAAACUGCCGUUUUUAGUCAUGAUCAUUAAGAAUUUAAAAAAAUAUUUCACAUUCGAAGUUCAAGUAAUUGAUGACAAAAAUGUUCGCAGAAGAUUUCGUGCGAGCAAUUAUCAGUCGACGACUCGCGUGAAACCUUUUAUUUGCACGAUGCCAAUGAGACUUGACGAUGGAUGGAAUCAAAUCCAAUUCAAUCUUGCAGACUUUACCCGCCGUGCUUACGGGACAAAUUAUGUUGAAACAUUACGUGUACAAAUCCACGCUAAUUGUCGUAUACGUCGUGUUUAUUUUUCCGACAGACUGUAUUCCGAAGACGAAUUACCCGCAGAAUUUAAAUUAUUUUUGCCAAUACAAAAUAAAGCCAAAUGUUAAUUUACUUAGAAGACUUAACGUAACAAAUAAAUUAUUUUUUACGUUUUUUAAGUUUAAUCUUUGGCUUAGAAUUGAUAAUUAUUGGUUGCGUUUGAGAAGAUUCAUCUUUAAUUGAUUUUUUUUUAUUUUUAAAUGAAUUUAAAUCAGUUAGUGCCUGGUAAAGUUCACCGAUAGCGUCAUCAUUGUCCUGAUAAUGAUGAUCAUGUAAAUAAACACGACGAAAACGGAAAUUAGGAUGCAAUACAAUGCGUUGAAAUGACUUAUAAUCGGUAGAAUAGACGCCUUUGCACAAAGUAAUUAAAUUUAUUUCAACUUUAUUCCAAUUAUCUGCAAGUACCAAAGGAAUAAAUGCUGUUGUUGCCGUUAUCUUUUGUAUUUUUUCACGUGCUGUGUUAGCCACGAGGACGAAACGACGUCGGCAAUUGCACUCAUCGAUAAUCUAAAUAAAAAAAUAAUGUUUGUUAAUAUUUUUUCUAAUUGUUAUUUAUUAUUGACGGGUAAAAGCGUCGGGUUGAGUGACGUGGGACCUGGAAUUCGAUUUUCCCUUCGAGCUUAAGAUUUUUCAAGACCAGCACGAGAACCGGUAGCUUUAUAUCUAGUGAAGCUUCGGGAUCUGCUGGACAAAUCAGCGAAGUCGGUAUGUAAUCUUUGCUGUUACUACGCUCGCUUUUCCCAAUUACUUCGAUUACUCGAUCGUUUUUUAGUAAAUUGUCUUUUACUCGCUUUAUUUUCCCGUCUAGUGAAAUAAAUUUUGACCAUUGUACCAAAGGAUUUUCAAUUACACUACACAAUAAAAAUUC